UUGGCAUCAGAAUGGAUGCGUAAAUAUAAUGACAUGUCAACAUACAGACUGAAUUUUACAUCUAGUAAUAUUUACUUAUCUGGAGACAUGAUAUGGCAUGGAUUUGGUGACUCCAGGAAGCCACUUUUGGAAUCAGCCCAGCUUAUUGAGGAGAUUGUUCGUCAACAGCUGAAUCUUCUGCUAUUUCAGAGUGGUGAAAAUGCAUCUCUUAGAGGAGCAAGGUUUAUAGGGCUAGAAGAUGUUCUGUUUCUUUUAAGAAAAGACAAGGUGAAAUUGUCAAGAGUAAUAAAAUACCUUAACUUGAAAGAUUUGAAGCAUUCAAUUGUUAAGGGUUCUGGAAUAGAGGAAGAGGAACUGGUGGAAAGUGCAGGUGGAAAGGAAAAAGAAGAGAACAAAAUAGCAAUGGCUAAAAUGAAAAGGACAAAAUUGUGUUAUGAUUUUUUGAGUUCCAUUGAUCAAACAGGAGAAUUGUUAACUGCUUUUGAUGAAGACAUUUUUGAUGAAGUAAAACUGGACAGACAGACUAGAGCUGACAGACAAACAAGAUGUAUGAAUCAGGCUCAAUACCUAGAAUUUUGUGAAUCUCGGAGAAUGUCAUUCAGUCGAAAUUAUAGGAGUACCAAAUUUCGGGACUGGCUUCUCAAGGAUGGAGUAACUGAUAUGAAACCUAAUGCACUGGCUUUAGAAAUCUUUAACUACCUUGCCUAUGAAACUGUUGCUCAGAUUAUAGAUUUAGCUCUGCUGGUUAAAAAAGAUGCUGAAGGAGCUUCUGGAGAUCCAGUUGAUAGGUUGAUCCCACUCAAUGUGAAUAAUCCAGAAUACCCAAGUAUUCAGCUAGGAUUUCAUAAUUCGGGAAUGUCUCUUGGAACCGCUUCAGAAUCUCCAACUCAGGGUUGUUCACCAUCUCCUACAUCCCCAGCUUCAAGUAGUUAUGGUAACCAGAGUCCAGGAAGCAGUGGCUAUGGAAAACCUAAGCCAAAAAAGCAAAAGAAGGUGGAAGAAAAAACAAUAUUACACAUACCUACAUCAAAUACCAUAUUACCUGAUGACAUAAGAGAAGUUAUUCAGAGAUAUUGGAGUCCCUGUGGAUCUUUUGUACUGUUUUCUAAAAUUCACCAUCCAACUAUUGAAACAAGACUUUUGUGCUGUUGAGAGAUAGAAAAGUUGAAGUUCAUCCAACUCCAAUAAGCAUAGUCAAUUUCUUUGAAAGAAAAAUCAACAUUUUUUUUAUCUCAAUAAGUCUUGUUUGUUUUUUUUUUUACUUGAUAGGGAAAAAGUUGAAAGCUAAGGAGAAGUAUAUUUCAGAAAAUGAUUCCUUGAAAUAUCUAAUUGUCAGUAGAAAAUAUACUGGAAGAAUUAUGAGAGCUUGUUUUGUAUACAUUCAUGUUUUUAAACUGAAUAAUUUAAACAUUUUCUAAAUGUCAAGAGUAAUUGGUAUUACACAUUAUUUCUCAUUCGAAAAAUAAUUGAUAUAAACAUUUUAAUUUUUUGUUUUGUUUUAAACAACCUUUUAGCUACUAAAUCAAUCUUUAAAGAAGUUUAAGGUUCUUACAAUGUGAGAGAAAUGUUGAUUUGGAUAUCAGAUCUUUUGCAUUAAUUGUUGUGAAAACUAAUAAUGAAUCUUACUGAAAACUAUCUCCAUUUAAAUGUUUUAAAUUAAUUAUAUCAGAAUAUCAAAACCAUAUUUUUUUUAAAUAAGCUCAUAAAAUGCAAAAUUAAAAUUUUUAAUUCUUUAACUGAAUUAUAUUAGAUUAUCAAAACUACAUUUUUUUAAAGUAAGCUUAUAAAGUACAAAAGGGAAAAGUACAGUUAUUUUUUAAAGAAUUUUAACAUUUGUUUUAUUGAUAAAUAAUCAAACUUGAUUUUCCAAAAUCAAAAUUGAGUCAUUCUUUUAUAAAAUACAGUAGGUUUUUCACCAAUUCCUAAUGAGCUAAGAAUUUGUGGUCAUUUUAACUUAUUUGUUUGCUAUCUAUUAAUUGCUGUCUUCUGAGUGUCAGUUUUGCAGCAAACUGGUUCUUUUGAGAUUUAUAUGAAAUUAAUUGUUGAUACUUUUUAAUAAAUAUCCCAUGAGUUUAAUGCAGAAGUUCUAGCUUUUAAACGUAACUUUUUGUUAGAGGAUUAUAAGAUGUUUCAGUUCGAGAAUAUCUUCCGAUGGGUUAGUUUGUGGACUUCGAGUGCAAAAAUCCAAGGUUUGAUUCCACACCGUGAACAGAGUACAGAUAACCCAUUGUGAAGUCUUGCACUAAUACAAGAGCUACAAAAUGGAAGACAAAAAAUUUUAUGACCUUUGACAUGAGUAACUUCUGUAAUGUCUCCUAUACUUAACAUAAAUAAAGUUGUGUAGCAGGGUACUUGUUCAUGUCAGGUAGUUUCUGUUUAACCAAUAAAGACUAAUUUUCUCUUCUU